AUGAUUCUGUUCCAGGGGGACUAUGUCUGGUUGGAUCUCAAGACCGGCCGAGAGUUUGAUGUCCCCGUUGGUGCCAUGGUCAAGCUUUGCGAAUCGGGACAGAUCCAGGUGGUGGACGAUGAUGGAAAGGAUCACUGGAUCGAACCUCAGAAUGCCACCAACAUCAAGCCCAUGCACCCCACCUCUGUGCAUGGAGUGGAGGACAUGAUCCGGCUCGGAGACCUGAAUGAGGCCGGCAUCCUCCGCAACCUAUUCAUCCGCUAUAAAGAGCACGUCAUCUAUACAUACACAGGGUCAAUCCUGGUGGCAGUAAACCCCUACCAGCUGCUCCCCAUCUACUCAGCUGAGCAUAUCCGCCUCUACAUCAACAAGAAGAUCGGAGAGAUGUCUCCCCACAUCUUCGCUAUCGCAGACAACUGUUACUUCAACAUGCAGCGCAGUAACAAGGACCAGUGCUGCAUCAUCAGUGGUGAGUCAGGAGCAGGGAAGACCGAGAGCACUAAGCUGAUUCUGCAGUUCCUUGCCUCAAUCAGUGGCCAGCACUCCUGGAUCGAACAGCAAGUCCUGGAGGCCAACCCCAUCCUGGAAGCUUUCGGCAAUGCUAAGACCAUUCGCAAUGACAACUCCAGUCGUUUCGGAAAAUACAUUGACAUCCACUUCAACAAGAGAGGAGCCAUUGAGGGAGCCAAGAUUGAGCAGUACCUUCUGGAGAAGUCCAGAGUAUGCAGACAGGCCCACGAUGAGAGGAACUACCACAUCUUCUACUGCAUGCUGAAAGGGAUGACUCCUGCCCAGAAGGAGGAGCUAGAGCUUACUCAAGCAACAGACUAUGCCUACCUCACUAUGGGAAACUGCAUUGUGUGUGAUGGGCGUGAUGACCUGAAGGAGUACUCCAACAUCCUCUCUGCCAUGAAGGUCCUGAUGUUCACAGACACAGAAAACUGGGAGAUCUCCAAGCUGCUGGCAGCCAUCCUGCACAUGGGCAAUAUGCACUACAAAGCUCGGACGUACGACAAUCUUGAUGCCUGUGUGGUUGUGCAAUCCACUGAUCUUGUCUCUGUGGCGACACUUCUGGAGGUGGACUCUAAAGAGCUGACAAGCUGUCUGACCACUCGCACCCUGAUUACAAGGGGAGAGAGUGUUACCACCCCCCUCAGCGUGGAGCAGGCACUGGAUGUCCGGGAUGCCUUCGUAAAGGGAAUUUAUGGAAGAUUGUUUGUAUGGAUCGUGGACAAGAUUAAUGCUGCCAUCUAUAGGCCACCUUCCGGUGAUACCCAAGCAGUGAGGAGAUCCAUCGGCCUGCUUGACAUCUUUGGGUUUGAGAACUUCACCAUCAAUAGUUUCGAGCAACUGUGCAUCAACUUCGCAAAUGAGAACUUGCAGCAGUUCUUCGUACGCCAUGUCUUCAAGCUGGAGCAGGAGGAGUAUAACCUGGAGAACAUCAACUGGCAGCACAUUGAGUUCACUGACAACCAGGAUGCACUGGACAUGAUAGCCAUCAAACCAAUGAAUAUCAUCUCCCUCAUUGAUGAGGAGAGCAAGUUCCCCAAGGGGACAGACGCCACCAUGCUGUAUAAACUGAACUCCCAGCACAAACUUAACAUUCACUACAUCCAUCCCAAGAACACCUAUGAAACUCAAUUUGGGAUCCAGCACUUCGCUGGGAUUGUUCACUAUGAGACUAGCGGCUUUCUGGAGAAAAACAGAGACAGCCUUCAUGGUGACAUCAUCCAGCUGGUUCACUCAUCCAAGAACAAGUUCAUCAAGCAAAUUUUCCAGGCGGACGUUGCCAUGGGCGUGGAGACGAGGAAGCGCUCGCCGACGCUCAGCAGCCAGUUCAAGCGCUCCCUGGAUCUGCUGAUGAGGACUCUCAGCAUGUGCCAGCCCUUCUUCGUGCGCUGCAUCAAACCCAACGAGUUCAAGAAGCCCAUGCUGUUUGACAGAGAACUGUGCAUUCGGCAGCUGCGGUACUCUGGCAUGAUGGAGACAAUUCGGAUCCGCCGGGCUGGAUAUCCCAUACGCCACACCUUCAUGGAGUUUGUGGACCGCUACCGUGUCCUUUUGCCUGGUGUCAAACCUGCCCACAAACAGGACAACUUGCAGAGGACGUGUCGGCGCAUUGCAGAGGUUGUUCUGGGGAGGAAUGAUGACUGGCAGAUAGGGAAGACUAAAAUCUUUCUCAAGGACCAUCACGACAUGCUUCUGGAAAUUGAGCGGGACAAGGCCAUCACUAACAAGGUCAUCUUCAUCCAGAAGGCAGUGCGUCGCUACAAAGACAGAACUAAGUUUCUGAAGAUCAGGGGUGCAGUGAUUUUGAUCCAGAAAAUCUGGAGAGGGUAUCACUGUCGCAAGAACUACAGUGCAAUGCAGAUCGGCUUCUUGCGGCUCCAGGCCCUCUUCAGAUCCUACAAGGUGUGCAGGGUCUACCGGAGGCUCCGCUGGUGUGUCAUGCACAUCCAGGCCCAUUGCCGGGGUUUCCUGCUGAGGCAGACGUUUAACCGGCGGCGGUGGGCCAUCAUCACCCUCCAGGCCCAUGCCCGUGGCAUGAUCGCACGGAGGCUGUGCAAGCGACUAAAGAUCGAGUAUGAACGCCGCCUUGAAGCAGAAAGGCUCCGCUUGGCAGAGGAGGAGAAGCUCCUGCAACAGAUGACAGCCAGAAGAGCUAAGGAGGAGGCAGAGAGGAAGCACCAGGAGCGCCUGGCAGAGCUGGCUCGCGAGGAAGCCGAGCGCGAGAGGCAGGAGCAGGAGGAGUCGCGGAGGAAGAAGGAAAUGGUCGAGCAGAUGGAGAAGGCCAAGCAGGAGCCAGUCAAUGACUCCGACAUGGUGGACAAGAUGUUUGGCUUUCUGGGAAGCAGCAACUCUUUCCCUGGCCAGGAGGGCCAAGCGCCCCAGGGCUUUGAGGACUUGGAGCAAGCCCAGAUGGCAUUGGACGAGGAGGACAUAGAUGAUGCCCUUCCUCUUCCUGAGGAUGAGGAGGAGGACCUAUCAGAGUACAAGUUUGCCAAGUUUGCUGCCACAUACUUCCAAGGCACCGCCACGCACACCUAUCUUCGCCGUCCGCUCAAGCAGCCACUGCUCUUUCACGAGGAUGAGGGAGACCAGCUGGCUGCCAUGGCGGUGUGGAUCACGGUGUUGAGGUUCAUGGGAGAUCUCCCAGAGCCCAAGUAUCAUGUGGUCAUCAGCGAUGGCAGUGAGAAGAUCCCAGUUAUGACCAAGAUUUACGAAACUUUGAGCAAGAGAACCUACAAAAGGGAUCUGCAGGCAAUGCAGCUGGAGGGAGAGGAGAGUGCUCCCAAUGAACGUCAGAAGAGGAACAGCGUGCGUCACAAGCUGGUGUCCCUCACCCUCAAGAAGAAGUCUAAAAUUACAGAGGAGGUGGCCAGGCGCCUGAGCGAAGGGGAGUACUCCCUUCAGGUGAGCAGCAUGCUGGAGGAGCGGCCCACCUCCAACCUGGAGAAGCUGCACUUCAUCAUUGGUAACGGCAUCCUGCGCCCCACCCUCAGAGAUGAGAUCUACUGUCAGAUCUGUAAGCAACUGACCCAGAAUCCAUCCAGGACCAGCCACGCACGUGGGUGGAUACUCAUCUCACUCUGUGUAGGCUGCUUCGCCCCGUCUGAGAAGUUUGUCAAACAUUUGCGGAAUUUCAUCAAUGGAGGCCCUCCUGGUUACGCCCCCUUCUGUGAGGAGAGGUUGAGAAGGACCUUCAUGAAUGGGACAAGGACACAGCCGCCCUCCUGGUUGGAGCUUCAGGCCACAAAAUCCAAAAAGCCCAUCAUGCUCCCGGUGACAUUCAUGGAUGGCACGACUAAGACCCUGCUGACAGACUCGGCCACCACAGCCAGAGAGCUGUGCAAUGCUCUCGCUGACAAGAUCAGCUUGAGGGACCGAUUCGGCUUCUCCCUCUACAUCGCCCUCUUUGACAAGGUCUCCUCUCUGGGGAGUGGAAACGACCACGUGAUGGACGCCGUGUCUCAGUGUGAGCAGUACGCCAAGGAGCAGGGCGCACAGGAGCGCAACGCCCCCUGGAGGCUGUUCUUCCGCAAGGAGAUCUUCACCCCCUGGCACAACCCUGCCGAGGACAGCGUGGCCACCAACCUCAUCUACCAGCAGAUCAUCCGUGGGGUCAAGUUUGGGGAGUAUCGUUGUGAUCAGGAAGAGGACCUUGUGGCACUGGCCUCACAGCAGUAUUAUGUGGAUUACGGGGCGAAUGUCCAGCAGGAGCGUCUGCUUAGCCUUGUCUCCUCCUACAUCCCUGACCGUGAGAUCAGCUCCUCCAAGAAUACGGAGAAGUGGGCACAGCUCAUCAUGACCGGUCACAAAAAGGGAAUGUACACACAGAAGAGGAUAGACCCGCAGAGAGUCAAAGAGGGAGUGGUGGAUUUUGCUCGGUUCAAGUGGCCUUUACUUUUUUCACGAUUUUAUGAGGCCUUUAAGUUUUCUGGUCCCAGCUUGCCAAAGAAUGAUGUCAUUGUGGCUGUAAACUGGACUGGCGUUUAUUUUGUGGAUGAACAAGAGCAGGUCCUGCUAGAGCUCUCCUUCCCAGAGAUCUUGGCAGUGUCCAGCAGCAGAGGGGGGAAGCUGCAGGGACAGAGUUUCACGCUGGCCACCAUCAAAGGGGACCAGUACACCUUCACCUCCAACAACGCGGAGGACAUACGGGACCUGGUCGUCACUUUCCUGGAUGGCCUGAGAAGGAGGUCAAAGUUUGCUGUCACUCUGAUGGACAGCCCCAAUCCUCCUGUGGAGGUCUCCACUUUCCUCAGCUUCACCAGAGGUGACCUCAUCCUGCUGGACCAGGACUUCACUGGGGAGCGGGUGAUGAGUUGUGGAUGGGCUCACGGUAUCAAUGACAGGACCAAGCAGAGGGGUGACUUCCCAGCUAACUGUGUCUACGUUCUGCCCUGUGUCACCAGACCCCGAUACGACAUCGUGGCUUUGGUCACCAUUACACCAGGUCAGUAUAGGGAAUCAGCAGGCCUGUCCCAGCUGGUGUUGGUGGAGACUGAGGAUAAGGUGAAGCCGUACACCCUGGAGGAAUACUCCUAUGACUAUUUCAGGCCCCCUCCCAAAAGUACUCUGAGUCGGGUGAUAAGCUGGGGAAAGGACCGGCUAUGGAGCUGUACUAGGGAACCCAUCAAGCAGCCACUGCUCAAGAAGAUCCUCAACCAUGAGGUGCUCUCCCAGGAGGCCUGUAUGGCCUUCAUCGCCAUUUUGAAGUACAUGGGCGAUUACCCUUCCAAACGAACACGUUCUGUGAAUGAGCUCACUGACCAGAUAUUCGAGGGUGCCUUGAAGUCAGAGCCACUGAAAGAUGAGAUCUUCUGCCAGAUCCUCAAGCAGCUCACCGAAAAUCAUGUCAAGUACAGUGAGGAGAAGGGCUGGGAGUUGCUGUGGCUGUGCACAGGUCUCUUCCCCCCCAGCAGCGUACUGCUGCCCCACGUCCAGAGGUUUCUGCAGUCCAGGAAGCUCCACCCCCUGGCCCCUGACUGUAUGCAGCGUCUACAGAAGGCCCUGCGAAAUGGGUCCAGAAAGUAUCCCCCGCACCUGGUGGAAGUAGAGGCCAUCCAGCACAAGACCACCCAGAUCUUCCACAAAGUGUUCUUCCCCGAUGACUCAGAUGAGGUUUUUGAAGUGGAGUCAAGUACAAAAGCCAAGGACUUCUGUGCCAACAUCUCGAACAGGCUGCACCUCCAAUCCUCAGAAGGAUUCAGCCUGUUUGUGAAGAUAUCAGACAAGGUGAUCAGUGUGCCAGAGGGAGAUUUCUUCUUUGACUUUGUCAGACACCUCACUGACUGGAUCAGAAAAGCAAGGCCAGCAAAGGAUGGUAUAGUGCCUUCACUGACGUAUCAGGUGUUCUUCAUGAAGAAACUCUGGACCAACACUGUCCCGGGGAAAGACCCCAUGGCUGACUCCAUCUUCCAUUACUACCAGGAGCUCCCAAAGUAUCUGCGUGGCUACCAUAAGUGCUCUCGUGAGGAGGUCUGCCAGCUUGCAGCCCUCAUCUACCGUGUCAGGUUUAAUGAGGACAAGUCCCAGUUUGCCAACAUUCCCAAGAUGCUGAAGGACCUUGUGCCCCAGGAUUUCAUUCGCCAGCUCUCUCCUGAUGACUGGAAGCGGGCAAUUGUGGGAUGGUUCAACAAACAAUCAGGGAAGUCCAGAGAGGAGGCCAAGCUCAUGUUCUUAAAGAUCAUUUUCAAGUGGCCAACAUUUGGGUCUGCCUUCUUUGAAAUAAAGCAAACAACUGAGCCAAAUUUCCCUGAGAUCCUGCUAAUAGCAAUAAACAAGCAUGGAUUCAGUCUGAUAGACCCAGUGACCAAGGACAUCCUAACAACGCAUGCCUUCACAAAGAUCUCCAACUGGAGCAGUGGCAACACCUACUUCCACCUGACCAUUGGCAACCUGGUACGGGGGAGCAAGCUGCUGUGUGAGACGUCCCUGGGCUACAAGAUGGAUGACCUUUUGACCUCCUACAUCAGCCAGAUGUUGACCACCAUGAGCAGACAGCGCAGUUCCCGUGGCAAUAGCAGUUGA